CAUAACGACAUAACAACAGACUGAAUAGUGAAUUACUGAAUUCUGAUGGCCGUUAAUUUAAAUGUUUGAAUUUUUGUGACAGAAUUAUUUAGCUUAGUACUAUAGAUUAAAUCUAUAGUAUUUGCUAGUAGUUAAUAAGUUUGCUGCUAUCUAUUAAAAUGGGUGAUGUCAAUGAAGAAAAUGCAUUUCCAUACGAAAAAACGUUAUUGAAUACUAUUGUGAAAAAUGCUAAAGAGACCAAGCAUCCAGAAAUAAGUGACUUCAAUGUUAUUAAACCAAUCAGUCGAGGAGCUUACGGAAAAGUUUAUUUGGGUCACAAGAAGAACAAUUUGGAACAAAUGUAUGCUAUAAAGGUUAUGAAAAAAACUGAUAUGAUAAAUAAAAAUAUGAUAACACAAGUUGUUAAUGAAAGAAAUGCUUUAGCAUUGGCGAACAGUCCAUUUUGUGUUAAACUGUUCUACUCAUUACAGACAUCGAGCUGUAUUUAUUUGGUUAUGGAAUAUAUGGUUGGUGGUGAUGUUAAGUCGCUGCUAAGUGUCAUGGGCUAUUUUUCAGAAGAUGUAGCUACAUUUUAUAUUGCUGAAGUUGCACUAGCCUUGCAAUAUCUGCACAGUCACGGUAUAGUACAUAGAGACCUAAAACCUGACAACAUGUUAAUAUCUGGCCAUGGCCAUAUUAAAUUAACUGAUUUUGGUCUUAGUCGAAUUACAAUUCAUCGAGAUUUGGAAAUAACAGAUUUUAUAAAUAAUUCUCCAAAUGUUCCUACUAGAACCCCUGGCCAGUUACUAUCUUUAACAUCACAUUUUUCAUUUGGUUCAAAUGAGAAAACUUUUGCUAGUGGUGCAAGUAUGGGACUUAAUAUGGAUUUAGAUGAAGAUGAUUAUAACAGUAGUCAUGUGUCUGGAAUAGUACCAUUUCAAUCGGCUAAUAAUACAUUAGAAGGAACUACAUUUUAUACUUGUCAAAAUUGUAGUGUUUCUACUGAUUGUGGAUGUAGUUUAAAUGAUAAAGUUCAAGAUACUCCAUGUUCUACAAAAAAUUUUAGUAAAAGAUUCAAAUCAUCUGGUUCUGAUUCCUCAAGAAGAUAUAGACGAAGAAUAUUACCACUUAGAGAUUUAGAAGGUAAUACAUUAAACAGUUGUGGUCUUACCCAACAAAUUAAACAAGUGGAUUUGUCAAGCAUUGGAUCUAAUACAUCAAGUUCAGCUAUUAAAAGUGUUAUGAAAUUGAAAGCUGAAGAACGUUUAAGUAGUGGCCGUGUUGCCAUAUCCACCCCUGUACAAUGUUCUCGUAAACGCUCCCACGGAGACACACCAAAAACAAUAAAAACUACAAGAUUUUGUCUGCCUACACCUACAAAAUCGCCAUCUUUUUUAAAAGGCUCCCAUAUGGAAGAAUUAAUUAUGAGUCCUAUUGCAACUCCAUAUUUACCAAAGUUAACUCCAUAUCGAACUCCAAAAUCCUUAAGGAAAGGAAAAAGAGCUAGUGAUGGUAGAAUAUUGGGUACUCCUUAUUAUUUAGCUCCAGAGUUAAUUCAAGGGAUAGAACAUGGAUCUGGUGUUGAUUGGUGGGCAUUGGGUGUUUGUCUGUAUGAAUUUAUGACAGGAGUUGUUCCAUUUGAAGGUGACACAGUACAAGAAAUAUUUGAAGAUAUUCUUAGACGUGAACUAGAAUGGCCAACUGGAGAUCAAACAUUAUCUAGAGAAGCAAUGGAAGCAAUAGAUAGUUUGAUGGCAAUUGAUCAAAAUGAGAGAUAUUCAGGUUCUGAGUUGAGAUCUUCUACAGAAUUAUUUUCAAAUAUUGAUUGGGAUAAUCUUUUAAAAGAAGUACCUCCAUUUGUUCCAACACCUGUUGGCAUAGACGAUACAUCAUACUUCGUAGCACGAAAUGAACAACAAAAUAUCCAAUUAUCAAAUAUAGAUCUAGGAUAAAUCAAUGGUACUUUUGAAAUUAAUUUUAUUUUUUUAACUAAGAAUUUUUUUGUGAUAUUUAGUUUAUUUGCACAACUAUUUUAUUGUGGAAACCAAACCAUAUUUUGUUUAUACACAUUUCAAUAUCUUAUAUUAGAUAUAAGUAUAAAUAAAAAUUAGUUUUAAUUAAAAUUAGGAUAUUUUGUUUAUACACAUUUUUUAUUUUAGUUAUCACCUUAAAUAAAUAAUCGUUUUUAAUUACUUUUAGAAUACCAAUGUUCUUUCACACUAGUAAACUACUUUUUAAUUGUAUAUAUUCGAUUCAACAAAUUAACUAACAAUAUUUAUAAGAUUUUAUCAUAAGUACAUUUCCUAUGCAGUAUGCAUAAAUACUAGUAUUAUAUCAUUAUAUAUUUCUCUAAAA